CAGAGGUUUUUCAGCAUGGCGGACUGUUAGUCAAAACAACAGUAUCUAGCUGGCUUGAGAGGUAGAAAACGAAGUGUUUAACAACAAACGUCAGCGUUUACGAACAAUUUGUCUACAAAUAAGAACAUGCCGUCCGCCUGCGGCUCCCAGAUCGACGACAUCGAGGACAUGGUGUCACUGGAGGACCUCACUCCUCAGGACCGUCAGUUCGCUAGGAAGAGUGUCAUUCCCAGGGCCAGAAAGAGGAACCACCAAGACCCUGUAGAAGAGCUACAAGCAGACAGUGUGAUCCCUGGCACUCAGAAAAUCUGGAUGAGGACCUGGGGCUGCUCUCAUAACAACUCAGACGGAGAGUACAUGGCAGGGCAGCUGGCCGCCAGCGGAUACAAAAUCACAGAGGAUGCGUCAGAAGCUGAUCUCUGGCUCCUGAACAGCUGCACCGUGAAAAACCCGGCUGAGGAUCACUUCAGAAACUCCAUCAAGAAGGCCCAGGAGCAGGAUAAGAAGGUGGUGUUGGCGGGAUGUGUUCCCCAGGCCCAGCCCAGGAUGGACUACCUCAAAGGCCUCAGCAUCAUAGGGGUGCAGCAGAUCGACAGAGUGGUGGAGGUGGUGGACGAGGCCAUGAAAGGUCACUCGGUGCGUCUGCUGGGUCAGAAGAAGGAUAAAGGCAAGCGUCUGGGUGGGGCCCGAUUGGAUCUGCCCAAGAUUAGGAAGAACCCCCUCAUAGAAAUCAUUUCCAUCAAUACGGGGUGUUUGAACGCGUGUACGUACUGUAAAACCAAGCAUGCGAGAGGAGACCUGGCCAGCUACCCCAUAGAGGAGCUGGUGGAGAGGGCCAGGCAGUCGUUCCAAGAGGGCGUGUGUGAGAUCUGGCUGACCAGUGAGGACACAGGGGCGUAUGGGAAGGACAUUGGCACAGACCUGCCCACUCUGCUGUGGAGGCUGGUGGAGGAGAUCCCUCAGGGAGCCAUGCUUCGUCUGGGCAUGACCAACCCACCUUACAUCCUGGAGCACCUGGAGGAGAUGGCCCGGAUCCUGAAGCACCCCCGGGUGUACGCCUUCCUGCACGUCCCCGUCCAGUCGGCCUCUGACAGCGUGCUCAUGGACAUGAAAAGGGAGUACUGCGCCGACGACUUCAGACGCGUCAUCGACUUCCUCAAAGACAGGGUCCCUGGUAUAACCAUAGCGACAGACAUCAUCUGUGGCUUCCCCGGGGAGACGGAGGAGGACUUCCAGGAGACGGUGGAGCUGGUGAGACACUACCGCUUCCCCUCGCUCUUCAUCAACCAGUUCUACCCCCGGCCCGGCACGCCGGCCGCCAGGAUGGAGCAGGUCCCCGCACAGACGAAGAAGCAGAGGACAAAGGAGCUGUCUCAGCUGUUCCACUCCUACAACCCCUACGACCACCAGGUUGGGAAGAGGCAGUAUGUUCUUGUGACUGAGGAGUCCUUUGAUGCACAGUACUAUGUGGCUCACAACAAGUUCUAUGAACAGGUGCUGGUUCCCAAGAGGUCCGAGUUCAAGGGGAAGAUGAUCGAGGUGGACAUCUACGAAGCAGGGAAGCACUUCCUGAAAGGCCGGCCAGUGGACCAAUCAGAGGUCUUCACCCCCUCCAUCUCGCCGCCCUUGGAGAAGGGACAGGUGUCUGGACUCACUCAGGUCAGCGGGCUCUGGGGCACACACACACACACGCACACACACACACACACACGUGCGGAAAAAGGUGUGCCCUCCACAGGUUGCUAGUUAAAUUUGCUCUAUUGAUUAUGCAUCGUACUCCUAACCAUGUGCCAGGUGCUUGCAUUGUCUGGUCUUAAGAAUUUCAGUGCCCAGUCUAACCUUGUGUUGUACUGUGUACCUGACAAAUAAAAGACUUGAGACUUAACCCAGAUGUGUUCCCAAGCACUCUAGGAUCAGACCCAGCUUCUAUCUUCCUUAUAAAUGUGGUUCAUUUCUUUUGAAGCUCUUCACAAACCAAAAGUUGAUACAUAAAUCUGUUGUUAUUUGUAAGUGUCUUGGGUGUACGAGUCAUUCAGAAAGGCUGCCUUGCUCUCCUGGUUUACCACUGCAGAGUGACGAGACGGGAACAAGUCAAGGUCGCAACCACACGCAGUCCCCGUUGUUACCUACUGUAGCCAUGGCAACUAAAUUUUAUCCGAACGCUGUUACAAUGUUUUGUUCUGCUGGGAUUAGUGUACAAUAGAAUAGACCGUGUGCGUGUGUGUGUGUGGAUGUGUUUGCAGUACAUGCGUGUGUGUUGGAUUAAAUGUUGAUGAGGUGUUCCAGAGAAAGAUUGUCUGUGUGUGUGUCUGUCUGUGCACGAGUGUGAAUAGUAGCAAGACGUCUCGGAACUAACUGAAACGAAGAGUGCAGUCCACAUGGUUGGUUUGGAGGCAGCAGGUGUGUGUAGUGCCUGUUCCCCCGGGAGGUUUCAUCGCCCCCUCCCCUCGCCCACACGCUCUCUCUCAUCAUCGUCUGCUGUCCCUG